CCCUUCAGAAGACUAAUGCUGUGCGCUGAGAACAGGAAGGAAAUGGAGGAUUGGAUGAGCUCACUGAAGUCUGUCCAGACCAGAGAGCCUUACGAGGUGGCCCAGUUUAACGUGGAACAUUUCUCAGGGAUGCAUAACUGGUACGCUUGCUCCCAUGCCCGACCCACUUUCUGUAACGUGUGCAGAGAGAGUCUUUCUGGAGUCACCUCCCACGGCCUGUCUUGCGAAGUGUGUAAAUUCAAGGCUCACAAAAGAUGUGCAGUGAGGGCAACAAAUAAUUGCAAAUGGACGACUCUGGCCUCCAUUGGGAAGGACAUCAUAGAGGACGAAGACGGAGUAGCUAUGCCUCACCAAUGGCUAGAGGGUAACUUGCCCGUGAGUGCCAAAUGUGCUGUCUGUGACAAAACAUGCGGGAGUGUUCUGCGUCUACAAGAUUGGAAAUGCCUUUGGUGUAAGACAAUGGUACACACUGCCUGCAAAGAUUUAUACCAUCCUGUGUGUCCCCUUGGCCAGUGUAAAGUGUCUGUCAUACCUCCAAUUGCACUGAACAGCACCGAUUCUGAUGGUUUCUGUAGAGCGACAUUUUCAUUCUGUGUUAGUCCUCUAUUGGUUUUUGUCAAUUCUAAGAGUGGAGAUAAUCAGGGAGUAAAGUUCCUUCGUCGAUUUAAACAGUUGCUAAAUCCGGCUCAGGUGUUUGAUUUAAUGAACGGAGGUCCUCAUUUAGGUUUAAGAUUAUUCCAGAAGUUUGACAACUUUCGAAUUCUUGUUUGUGGAGGAGAUGGAAGUGUAGGUUGGGUUUUGUCAGAAAUUGAUAAGCUCAACUUGAAUAAACAGUGUCAGCUGGGAGUAUUGCCCUUGGGUACAGGAAAUGACCUUGCCCGCGUUCUGGGCUGGGGAGGUUCAUACGAUGACGACACCCAACUUCCUCAGAUACUAGAGAAGCUGGAACGAGCCAGUACCAAAAUGCUAGACAGGUGGAGUAUAAUGACCUAUGAACUCAAGUUGCCUCCAAAAGCUUCUCUACUUCCAGAACCUCCAGAAACAUCCGAAGAAUUUUAUAUGACAAUUUAUGAGGACUCAGUUGCAGCUCAUCUUACAAAAAUCCUCAAUUCUGAUGAACAUGCCGUGGUCAUAUCAUCUGCCAAGAUCCUAUGUGAAACUGUAAAGGACUUUGUUGCCAAAGUAGAGAAGGCAUACGAAAAAACGUUGGAAAAUGCUGUUGCAGCUGAUGCUGUGGCCAAUAAAUGUUCAGUCCUAAAUGAAAAGCUUGAACAACUGCUUCAAGCUUUACACACAGAUUCCCAGGCUGCCCCCGUUCUCCCAGGCAUCAGCUCUCUCAUUGUAGAAGAAGAUACCGUGGAAUCUUCCAGUGAAGAAUCUUUGUGUGAAAACAAAGAACAACUCACCGAUGACCCUGCAAAACCUUCCUCCCAGAAAGCUGUGAGACCAAACGAAAUAAUGUUGCGGGCAAACAGUUUAAAGAAAGCAGUGAGGCAAGUCAUUGAAGAAGCCGGCAAAGUUCUGGAUGAACAGAGUGUUCACCCUUGUGAACCAGUUAGCCAGUCAUUCGAUAAUGAUAGCACAGAAACAGAUGAAUCUAAAGAAGAAUCUAAAGAUGAUGGUGCAAAAGAGCCUUCAACUGUUAAAACUGCACCUGCACCUCGGUCUCCAGAUGGCCGGGCAAGUCGUUCCCAAACUGACUCUGGCCCUGGUCCAGCUGUGGCAACCAGCAAAGAAAACCUGCCUGUGCUCAACACCAGAAUAAUCUGCCCAGGUUUAAGAGCAGGAUUAGCUGCCUCAAUUGCUGGGAGUUCUAUUAUCAACAAAAUGUUACUGGCAAAUAUUGAUCCUUUUGGUGCAACGCCAUUUAUUGACCCAGAUCCAGAUUCCGUAGAUGGAUAUUCAGAAAAAUGUGUCAUGAACAAUUACUUUGGGAUUGGAUUAGACGCAAAAAUUUCAUUAGAAUUUAAUAAUAAGAGAGAAGAACACCCUGAAAAAUGCAGGAGCCGAACUAAAAACUUGAUGUGGUAUGGAGUCCUCGGAACCCGGGAGUUAUUACAAAGGUCAUAUAAGAAUUUAGAACAGAGAGUUCAACUUGAGUGUGAUGGGCAGUAUAUCCCUCUCCCCAGUCUGCAAGGAAUAGCAGUGUUGAACAUUCCCAGCUAUGCCGGAGGCACCAACUUUUGGGGUGGAACUAAAGAAGAUGAUAUAUUUGCUGCACCAUCAUUUGAUGACAAGAUCCUGGAAGUCGUUGCAAUAUUUGAUAGCAUGCAAAUGGCAGUUUCCAGGGUCAUUAAACUGCAGCAUCAUCGAAUAGCCCAGUGCCGUACAGUAAAAAUCACUAUAUUUGGUGAUGAGGGAGUCCCAGUGCAGGUAGAUGGCGAAGCAUGGGUUCAGCCUCCAGGGAUUAUCAAAAUUGUGCACAAAAACAGAGCUCAGAUGCUAACAAGGGACAGGGCUUUUGAAAGCACUCUAAAAUCUUGGGAAGAUAAACAGAAGUGUGAUUCCGGUAAACCAGUUCUUCGAACCCAUUUGUACAUCCAGCAUGCCGUUGACUUGGCAACAGAGGAGGUAUCCCAGAUGCAGCUAUGCUCCCAGGCAGCAGAGGAGCUCAUCACUAGGAUCUGUGACGCAGCCACCAUCCAUUGUCUUUUGGAACAAGAACUGGCCCACGCUGUGAAUGCGUGUUCCCACGCACUGAAUAAAGCCAACCCGCGGUUCCCAGAGAGUCUUACGAGAGACACUGCCACUGAAAUAGCCAUCAAUGUGAAGGCACUGUAUAAUGAAACAGAAUCUUUACUAGUUGGCAGGGUUCCUUUGCACUUAGAAUCCCCACAUGAAGAGCGGGUAUCUAAUGCCUUACAUUCUGUGGAGGUGGAGUUGCAGAAGUUAACAGAGAUUCCUUGGCUUUAUUAUAUCUUACAUCCAAACGAAGAUGAGGAACCCCCCAUGGAUUGCACCAAGAGAAACAGCAGAAGCACAGUAUUUCGUAUAGUGCCAAAAUUUAAAAAGGAAAAGGUUCAGAAACAGAAGACAGGUUCACAGCCUGUUCAAAAAUGGGGCACAGAGGAAGUUGCUGCUUGGCUGGAUCUGCUCAGUUUGGGAGAGUACAAAGAAAUCUUCAUCCGUCAUGACAUCAGAGGGGCUGAACUUUUGCAUCUGGAAAGGCGAGAUCUUAAGGACCUGGGGAUAACGAAAGUGGGCCAUAUGAAGCGAAUUCUCCAGGGAAUUAAAGAGCUUGGAAGGAGCACUCCCCAGUCUGAGGUGUAAUCACAUUGGUGCUAUUCCUUGGAAGGGAAGUAAUUGCUACUUAAUGCAAAGCU